GUUUCUCUGCGCCGCUGACAGGCGGAACCCUCGUCAGGCGACGUCACUCGGGGCGCGCCGGAGCCGCUCGCACGUGCCGUGGUGGUCGGGCAGCGCCGCGCCGCUCGUGUGCCGCCGCCGUCGCCAUGAGCUGCCCCGUGACAUGCGCCGCGUGGGUGCGCUGCGGCGUUGCCAAGGAAACGCCGGACAAGGUGCAGCUCGGCGAGGAGGAGCUGAACCGGCUCAUCGAGGAGGCCCGGGACAGGCUGGGGGAUGGCGCUGAUGGUAAUGAUGAAAGCCAGACGGCAGAUGGUAUGAACGUAGCCAAUCCUGGCACAGCUGAGGCUUCUCAUAAAAAUGAACACCCAUCUGAUGAUGAACUGGGUGAAUAUGAUUUGGAAAAUUAUGAUGAAGACGAAUAUGCAGGUGAUCUAAAACUUGGAGACUCUUUGGCUACUCUGUCAGUAUAUGGAAGUAAUGAGCAUGAUCCUUACAUCACUCUAAAAACCACUGAACAAUAUGAACAGGAAGACUUUUUGAUUAAGCCCAGUGACAAUCUUGUCCUUUGUGGCAGAGUUGAUAAAGACUUCUGUAGUUUGGAGGUUCAUGUUUAUAAUCAUGAAGAGAACUCCUUUUAUGUACAUCAUGAUAUUAUCUUGCCUGCUUAUCCUCUGAGUCUGGAGUGGUUGAAUUUUGAUCCUAGUCCUGAUGAAUCACUAGGAAAUUAUGUUGCAGUGGGCAACAUGACCCCGGUUAUUGACAUUUGGGACCUUGAUAUAGUAGAGUCCUUAGAACCAGUCUUUUCGCUUGGAAACAAGAAAGAGCAAAAGAAGAAAAAGAAAGGAAAGAAAAAUUUAUCUUCAGAAGGGACAGCAAAAGGACAUACUGAUGCUGUGCUUGAUCUUUCCUGGAAUAAACAAAGCAGGAAUGUUUUAGCAAGUGGGUCUGCUGACAAUACUGUGGUUUUGUGGGAUAUGUCCGUGGGUAAGCCAGCAGCCAGCCUGAUGCUGCAUACAGACAAGGUCCAGACCUUGCAAUUUCAUCCAUUUGAAACUCAGACCCUUAUUUCUGGAUCUUAUGAUAAAUCAGCUGUGCUGUAUGACUGCAGAAACCCACAAGAGAACCAUCGAGUGUGGCGGUUUAGUGGUCAGGUUGAAAGAGUAACUUGGAACCAUUUUUCACCUUGUAAUUUCUUAGCAAGCACAGAGGAUGGCUUUGUGUACUGCCUGGAUGCUCGUUCUGAUAAGCCGCUGUUUACUCUGAAAGCUCACGAUGAAGAGGUAUCAGGGCUACAACUAAGCAGUCAGAUCAAAGGGUGCCUUGUGACAUCAUCUGCUGACAAAUACGUGAAAAUUUGGGAUAUUCUGGGAGACAGACCAAGUUUAAUCCAUUCCAGGGAUAUGAAAAUGGGUGUUCUCUUCUGUGCAGCUUCCUGCCCUGACUUCCCGUUUGUUUUUGCCUUUGGAGGAGAGCGAGAAGGGCUGCGCGUUUGGGAUAUAAGCAAGAUUUCUGCAGUGAAUGAAGUUUUUGGAAACAGAGAGAGACAUGUGCUGGCUAGUGCCAGCUCUGCAGCGUGCAGCUCCACGGCCAGCAGCAGCAACGAUUUGGAGACAGCCAUGGAAUCAUGAUGGGCCAAACGGCACAAAAAUCCAAGUAAUUAACGGGACUACAGCUCACAUGCAUUCUACAAAUCCCUCUGUUUGGUGAGAGUUCAUGGAAAUUACUUGAUUGUCUUGCAAUCUGCAGGCUGCUUCUCAGACAAAGAAACAUGGUGAUGUGGUCAAACUCAGCAGUUCUAAGUUCCUGCCUCUGUUACUGGCUUUGAAAGAUCAAAUCACUUGCUUUUGCCUGAGAUGAUUGAUGAUCCCUGAAACAGGGGCUACUAUGUGUAAAGUUUAUAUAUAAAAUGACAUAGUCACUAGAAAAGCAUUCUGCUGCUACCAAAAGUUUGUUAAAUUCUGCAAAGAAGGUAAAUACCUUCUUAGAGCAUGAGGAAAAAUACUUUGGAUAGCAGUUGUGUAAUAAAUAAAAGCUGAACAAACUGACAA